GUUGCCUGGCACUUCAUCUGUGGCAAGCAGGACAAUGGCUGCCAGCAAGAGCAAGAACCAGAGUUCCUUGGCCCUCCAUAAAGUAAUUAUGGUUGGCAGUGGAGGCGUGGGCAAAUCUGCACUCACUCUUCAGUUUAUGUAUGAUGAGUUUGUAGAAGACUAUGAACCUACCAAGGCUGACAGCUACAGAAAGAAAGUAGUUCUCGACGGUGAGGAAGUUCAGAUAGACAUUCUGGACACAGCAGGACAGGAGGAUUAUGCUGCUAUCAGAGACAACUAUUUCCGCAGUGGGGAAGGAUUUCUUCUAGUCUUUUCAAUAACAGAGCAUGAGUCUUUCACAGCAACAGCAGAGUUUCGGGAACAGAUCCUGCGUGUGAAGGCUGAAGAGGAUAAAAUCCCUUUACUGGUAGUAGGAAACAAAUCUGACUUGGAAGAGCGCAGACAAGUGCCUGUAGAAGAGGCUAGAAGUAAGGCAGAAGAAUGGGGUGUGCAGUAUGUAGAAACCUCUGCCAAAACUAGAGCGAAUGUAGAUAAG